UUCUCACGCAGCCACAUAUAAAUAUGAGUAUUGAAUCAAAAGGUUUAGCAAAUCAAGAAAAAAAAGAGAUGGCAAAGAAUUUAGGAAUUGUGCUCUUGCUUCUCGUGGUUCUUUUGGUUUCAUGCUCCAUCAACUAUGCUCUUGCUUCUCCACAACCACAAGAGUUACCCCCACUAACCGAACGGGGAAGAAUGAUGAUCGAGGUACGAUCAUCAACAAGCCAACGAGCUAGGAAAAGAGAUUUGCCACCGUCGCCUUCUCCAUCAUCACCACCUCCGUCGUCGUCGCUCGCGCCGGGGUUUGAGGAUAACGGUUCUUGAAUACCAAUGGAUCGAAUAAUGUUGUGAUUUUUGCAAGCAUUGAUAAGCUAUACAUACAAUUAUAUAUAUAUAUAUAUAGAUAAAUGAUGGUUGUGGUCUUAAUUUAAUAUUGGUUGGUAAGUUUUUUUUUUGUGACUUUUAUUUAGUACAUGCACCCCAUAAUAUAUUUUAAGUUUUAACUACGUUAAUUACUAGAUCAGGAUCCGCAAAAUAUGCGGGUUAUAAAUUAUAAAAAGUAAAUAAAAUGAUAUA